AUGGCGCCGAGCCUCUCUCGAAAGCUGUCGGCGUCCGUUUCCGCCGCCGUCCUCGGAGGAGCGCGGCCCUCGGCGUCUUUCGCUGCUCCCCACUCUGCCCCCACCCCACCUCGCCGGCCGUGGACUCCGCGGCCCCGCGCCAGCCAGCCAGCGGCCAGACCCGGUCUGACCGCAGCGUCGCGCGCUCCGCAGCCGCCGCCUGCAGCCCCAGCACAGGCACCGGCCACGUGGACCGCGCCACCGCCAUACGACGCAGACGCCGCCAGCGCCCGCUCUCACAGGACUUUCACCGACGCGAGCUGCAGGAGCGCCCCCCGCCGCCCAGACAGCACAGACAGGCAGACAGGUGUGCGGCUCCCAGCCACAGCCACAGCCAGAACCGGAGCGACGGCCGCCAUGGCGCCGCCGCUGCCCUGCUGACACGCGCCGCAGCGCAGACGCCGGCCCGGCCGCCUGUAGGUGAGUGUCGCCUACCAGACUCUCUGCAGCCUAGCUCCCAGCUGUGUCACUGCCAGCAGCCGGCACGGUGCGUACGUAGACGUAGCUACUGUGUACUAGGACUGCUUCAACUAUCACCUCGAAAACGUCCAA